AUGCGAGAGGAGGACCAAGCCCCGGAUUGCGAUCCGGCGAAAUACUAUCCGGCUCGCAUCGGCGAGACCUUGUCCGGACGAUACCGCAUGAUCUCCAAGCUAGGCUGGGGGGGCAACUCCACCGUGUGGCUGGCCAAGGACACGACUCGGUCCGUCCUCCUGGGGUUGGAUUUCCCCCAUUCGGAGUGUCACGUCGCAGCGCACAUGGCUCAGAUGAUCCGGCUUCUGGGCCUGCCUCCUCGGCAGUUCCUCGAGAGGGCCGAUAGGGAGGUUUAUGGCCAGCUCUUCUCCAGAGGGUUCCGAUUCCCGGAUCUGAUUCCCUCGGAGGAAUUCAACUUCUCGAAUAUAAUGUCGUUCCUCGAGGGCGAAGACCGGCGGCUGUUUCGUGAUUUUGUCAGGAGGAUGCUUUGCUGGGUGCCGCGACGGCGAAGGAGCUUUACGAGGAUCCCUGGCUGGAGUCUGGGUCUUCAGCAAAGGGGAAUUCGCAUCGGUGAUCGAAAAAGAGGCCCACGGGCGCAGGGAUUCUCCGUCUUUGGUUUGAUCUAAUCAACGUCGUGCAUAUCGUCCUGGGGCUUCUUACAUAUCGGCUCAUCUCCGGGCGUGUCUUCU